AUGCUCCUCCUCGGCCGGUGCGUGCUGCUCAGCGCGUUAGCGUGGGGGCAGCAGCACCCCCCCCGCAGCGGGCCGAAGGCGCGGCGGUCCAAGGGGCGGCGCGGCGGCGCGCGCCGGCUCGAGGACGUGCCGACGGCCGUGCCGACGUUCGUCCCGACGCCCGUGCCGACCUCCAUUCCUUCGCCCAAACCCACGUUCGCGCCGAUGCCGGCCCCGACGAAAUUCCCGACGUCCGUGCCGACGCCCGUGCCGACGCCCUUGCCGACGCCGACGGCGUUUUCCCGCAAGCCGACCGGCAGCCCGACGUCCGCACCAUCUUCCGAGCCGACGCAGACCUUUCGGCCGACCGGGGUCCCGACGUCCACGCCGACGGCCGUGCCGACGCCCAUGCCGGCGUGCUGCGUCGAGCACCAAUUUAGCGCCACCGGCGAGGUGGAAAGCACGACGUGUAGCGGCAGCCGCUCGCCGUGGGACGCCGCCACCAUGACCGAGCUGUGUACGGCGGGCUAUUCGGAAGCCGGCGAUGUGGCGCCGCCCUUCCGCGAUUGCAGGCAGGAGGCGAUUGACUCGGGGAACUGCGGCACGAUCUCGUGCGUGGAGUGCGACGACGCCGGGGACUGGGCCGAGGACAAGUACUGGGCGAACGUCGGCUACGAAGCGUGCCCCGACUGGGUGGUCGACGCCAUGAACGCGGAGGCGGCCACCGGCGGCGCGUGCGCGGCUUGGGUCAGCGUCCGCGGCUACUGGCGCCGGGGUCCCGUGCCGACGUCCGUGCCGACGUCCGUGCCGACGGCGCAGCCCCAGGUCUCGGCCAAACCGACGCCCGUGCCGACAUCCAUGCCGACGACCUCCACGUGGGCGCCGACGACCUCCACGUGGGCGCCGACGGGCGAGCCGACUCUCGUCCCGACCCCGGUGCCGACGGCCUUGCCGACGGCCGUGCCGACGCCCGUGCCGGCGUGCUGCGUCGAGCACAAAUUUACCGAAACCGGGGAGGUGGAAGGCACGACGUGCUACGGCGGCCGCUCGCCGUGGGACUACUCAACGAUGGCCGACCUGUGUACGGCGGGCUAUUCGAAGUACGGCGCGGCGGCGCCGCCCUUCCGCGAUUGCAGGCAGGAGGCGAUUGACUCGGGGAACUGCGGCACGAUCUCGUGCGUGGAGUGCGACGACGCCGGGGACUGGGCCGAGGACAAGUACUGGGCGAACGUCGGCUACGAAGCGUGCCCCGACUGGGUGGUCGACGCCAUGAACGCGGAGGGGGCCACCGGCGGCCAGUGCGCGGCUUGGGUCCGCGGCUACUGGUAUCCCUCCGGUUCGUGCGGGCACCACGCCUGGGGCGCCGAUCGCGACGGAUACUCCAAGUGCGCCCGGCUGGGUAGAGAGCCCUAUCCCGAGGGCGACGCCGCCCUCCACGCGAUGGGGAACAACGCCGGGUUGUGCUGCCCGGAGUAUCCCUCCGGUUCGUGCGGGCACCACGCCUGGGGCGCCGAUCGCGACGGAUACUCCAAGUGCGCCUCGGCGGGGAGAGAACCCUAUCCCGAGGGCGACGCCGCCCUCCACGCGAUGGGGGACGACGCGGAGACGUGCUGCCCGGGCGAGGACUGGAGGUGGGCGAACGGCUGUCGCCAGGACUACUGCACGGACUGGGGUAACGACUGCUACGCCUCGAUGGACUGGGGCGAGCCGGUGACCUGCUCAAACGGCUACACUCCGUCGCCGCCGAGCCCGCCUGGGCACGACCCCGAGUACACGUGCUGCCCGAGCGCGACCAGCUGCGAGUACGUCGCCGGCCAGCCGUUCGUCCUCGUGGCGUUUGAGCCCGAUCCAGCCACCCAGGCAAUGUUGGGCCUGCCAGGCGGGGAGUUCUCGGUGGGCUUGAACGAUGCCGACAGAAGCUACCACCCCGAUGAGGGCGGAAACGUGCACAGCAACACCUUUUUCACGGUGCAAACUACGGAGGGCACGAAAAUGCUUCAUCGCAGCACGGACAACAACAUAGUUUUCCCGGACAUGCCGCCCGAGUGGACGACGGACGCGACGCGGCCGCCGCACAUCGAGGGGGAUGUCCUCAUCAACGUCGGUCUGCACGUGAACUGCCAAGAGUACGUGCACGGCUCCUUUGUGAAAGCGCUCGGGAAUGUGGGCUCCCCCGGGAGCUGGGUCGUCAACGAAGACGGGACAAUUUCGCCGCAUGAUGCCCCGCACCUCGUUCUUGGCUGGGGCGACUUCACCACGGCCGCUUGCUGGGACUGGUUCGUGGGCCCGGAACCGAACAACCUAGUCCUCAUGGACUCCGCGAUGGCGCUCGGUUGCGAGGCCGCGAGAGAGGCCGAUCCUGCUCAGAUGUGCGCGCCGGUCUUCCGCGCGAGAGGCGUCGACUGCGAUCACGCUGGCCACGACCAUGGCGGCGCCUGCGACGGCAUCCACCUCGAGGCCGGGGUGGGCGAGGUCUGCAACUGGGCGCACGGGGAGACGCACGGCUGCCCGGUCGUGAACACCCAGUUGUGGGACAGCGAGCUCUGGAGCUGCGACGAUCUCUGCGGCAGGGCUGGCGGGUGGUGCGAGCGCGCGGCGCACAUGAGCAACAAUCACUGCGGGUCGGACGUCCACGAGGAGUACGAGCUCUCGUGCGACCAGGGCAUUCGCGACAUCCGGACGUGGGGUGGUGAGCCGUCUCACACCUUGUGCUGGUGCCGGGUCGACGACACGGACCACUGGUGGCACUACUACCACGAAGACGACGACGACGACGACGACGGUGAUGGGGCCACGGAGCUCGUCAUGUCCGGCGGCCUCGUCGCGAUCGGACUUACGUUCACCGGUAUUAGCAUCGCUGCGAUCGCGAAUGCGUUCCAGGAACAAUGCGCAUUAGGACCGACGAUCAUCUUCGAGGCCGGCACCACCCACCCCUACUACAUCAGCCCCAACCUCUGCACCAUCGGCACGCACACGUACGCCUCCAAGAAGACCGUGCGCGACGCGUCGCCGCGCAAGGUCUGCCGCAAGUUCUGCGAGGCCGCGUCCGCCGCCGGGAAGCUGGCGCUCAAGCACGUCCAGGGCCUGACCUGCUACUGCAAGCGGCGGUAGCGCCCCUUUCUUUUUGCUUCCCCCCUCCUCCCCUUCGGUCGUCGACUCUGGAGUACUGGGCGCACGCGGGCUGCCCAGUGUCUUCGUGCGAUCAGUACUCGCGAACUACCAACUGAUUUCAAGGUGCGCAAAGAAUUCAACUAGUCAUAAGUUUCACAAAAU